UGAGAGUUGCCAAGCUUAGCCGGCAUUAAUUUCCGUCCUUUAAUACAGAUUGAAUAAUUGAAAAUAAACUUGAACACGCUAUAAAUUGCCAUUUCUAGCAUUUAGAAGACAACGCCUACACGCCAGUCCACCUUCCAAGUUGAAUGCGUCACUGCAUCCUUGUCCGACUAGAAUCCGCCAUGGAAAAUGAGAAAGUUGAUCGCGCCAGUGUUUACAAUGCCGAAGACGACGUCGAUGAUCUCCAGGAAGAUCAGAAGGUUGAAAAGUUUUUCGCUUUGAUUAGAUGCUUUCAGGAAGCACGUAAUAAUCGAAGAAAAGAUCAAGUCUUGGAAGAGGAGGAGAAGAAGAAGAAGAAGGUUAGAAGGUUAAACGAUCCGCAGCCCAGUUGGGUACCUUCUUUCGAAUGGGAAGAUUUCACUGAGGAGAUUCAGUUCAGAAAACUUCCCAUCUUUACUCGUCCUCAUGACCAGAAAGAAGACAAGAAACUGCAAGAGGAAGAUGAUGGUUUAGAUCUCAAUCUCAGACUAUAGCGUGUUCGAUCUCAUAGUUUAAUGAUGCCAAAUGGGAUUGAAACACUCUUUUUUUCUUCGUUUGAUGAAUCUAAUUAAUGUUUAACGUUUGUUGUCGUGUAAUGUUGAAAUAUGAAUUCCCUGCCGGAACUGACAUGG